AUGAAGUCUCAAUACAAAUUAACUAUUUUCUAUGGAAAGUUUAUUGACAUACCAUCUUUAAAAGCCGGUUUUAGGAUUAGAAGUAGUUGUGCUAUUGGUGUUAAUUCGGAGAGUGGCUCAAUUGUUUUUAUUCAAGAAAACUUUCAUGACGAUUUGCUUAAAUUAGCAUCAAAUUGGGAUCCAAACUUGAAACAUGAUGAGGUUAAGAUUGUAGAUUGCAAUAACAAUAAUAAUAAUAAUAGUUAUGCAUUUCUCUUUCCCGGGUUUGUGGAUACGCAUAUUCAUGCUUCACAAUAUCCGAACAAUGGUCUCUUUGGUAAAAUGAGUUUACUGGAAUGGCUUAAUGAAUACACUUUUCCCUUGGAGAAUAAAUUGAAAGAUCUAAAUAUUGCUAAAAUAGUCUAUUCUAAGGUUAUUGAAAGAACUUUGUCUCAUGGGACUACCACUGCAGCCUACUACGCAACGAUUCACUUAGAAUCUACAAAAUUACUUGCCAACUUAUGUUCUGAGUAUAAUCAACGAAGUUUUAUAGGUAAAAUAUGUAUGAAUCAAAAUUCGCCCGCCUAUUACGUUGAACCUUCUACGGAUACGUCAAUAAAUUUAACUAAGAAAUUCAUUGAACAUAUCAAUAGCAUCAAUAAUCCAAAAAUUAACGCUAUUAUCACACCAAGAUUUGCUCCAUCUUGUGAUAAGGAUCUCUUAUGUAAUUUGGGUAAAUUAGCUAAACAAUAUGAGUUACCUAUACAAACACACCUUUCGGAAAAUUUAAAUGAAUUGGAAUGGGUUCACGAUUUGUUUCCAGAAUAUGCGAAUUACACAGAGGUUUAUAAUCAAAACGGACUAUUAAACGAAAAAACUAUCUUAGCACAUUGUAUUUAUUUGAAUGACUUAGAAUUAAAUACGAUUAAAAGUAAAAACUCUGGAAUUGCACAUUGCCCAAUUUCAAACUCUUGUUUAUCUUCUGGUUUAUGUUCUGUCAGAAAAUUUUUGAAUAAAGGAAUUAAAGUAGGCCUAGGCACUGAUACAUCAGCUGGGUAUACUACAAGUAUCUUAGAAGUAGCUAGACAUGCACAUAUGGUAUCAAGGCAGCUUGCCUCAGUUGAGGGAAAUGAUGAUUGUAAAAUUUCAGUGACAGAAUGUUUAUAUUUAGCUACUUUAGGUGGAGCAUAUGUAAUGGGUCUACAAGAUCAAGUUGGUUCGUUUGAAGUCAAUAAACAAUUUGAUUGUCAAUUAAUUAAUCUAACAGUGGAGGGGUCGAAGAUAGAUUUGUUCCCCUGGGAUAAAGAAACUGAAAAAUUAGAGAAGUGGUUUUUUAAUGGUGAUGAUAGAAAUGUACAAGCAGUAUGGGUAGGAGGUCAAGAAUGUGGUAUUAGAAGUAAAUCUUAUCUAUGA